AUGCUGUCCCGGACCGCAGCCCUGCUCCUCCUCUGUCUGUCCUAUGGGAUGUGUGCCACCCUGGGCCUUUACCAGGCUCCAGUAACAGAGCAGCAAGACGCAGAGGAAUCCCCAGCCACGGACACCGCCGCUGUAGAGGCCUUUGAAAAGGAAAUCGAAGUUGCUGGCGGAAAUAUAGCAGACAGUCCAGAGAUUGUGGACGCUGGUGGACCAGUGGCCGAAAAGCUCGUAGCCACAGAACGUGUUGCCGAGUCUGAUAACUAUAAUUGGGAAAGCCCAGCACCAGAUAAUCCCGCAGAGGAGGACCCCGUGGCUCGCACCCCUGCUGCUGAUGAGGGGGCGGUGAAAAUUGAUGCGGCUGAUGACUCGGCAGCGUAUAGAGCUGAAGACGGUGACCCUACGGCAGAUGUUGCUGUGUCCAAAGAGCCAGACUCGGACUCCGGGACUCUGAUGAGUGACGCCGCAGACUCCCUGGCUAUGGAGGCUCCUACAGGCGAGGAGGAAUCUGCUGAGCUGGACAGAAACGAGAUUCAGUUUCCUUCUCGCAUCCAGAUGGACCAGCUCCCCGGCCAACCCCCGGCCGAAGAGGAGGCCUCCAGCUGGGGCCUAAACUCCAUCAGAAGCAGUUUCCAGACCAUCAAUGGAUACUUUGACUCCCUGGUGGAGCUGGUCGGGGGACACAACGGGGUCUGCCAGUACCAGUGCAGAUACGGCAGCACUCCUCAACCCCGCCCAGGCUACCAGCGCCCAACGCCCAACGGCUGCAGUUCGUCUCUUGUGGGAAUCCAGGUAGCUGGAGCAUUUGACCUGGGAAUCCCUGUCAUGACCAAGUGCUGCGACCAGCUGGACGUUUGCUACGACACGUGCGGCACAAGCAAGUACCGGUGCGACUCCAAGUUCCGCUGGUGUCUGCACAGCAUCUGCUCGGACCUCAAGAAGAGUCUGGGCUUUGUGUCCAAGGUCCAAGCCUGCGAGUCAGUGGCGGAUGCCUUAUACAACACGGUGAGGACGCUCGGUUGCAGACCUUACAUGAACAGCCAGAGGGCAGCGUGCCUCUGCGAGGAGGAGGAGAAGGACGAACUGUAGAGAGGAUACAACAGACAUGUUCUCAUAUAAACACUGGACAAAUUUGUAGACACACACUGGACAGACGAGGACCUGAUCGCAAGACACCUCAGACCCUUCGCCGACUUCCUGCCAGGUUUCCAUGGCACGAACGACAGCCAGAGGUGGUUCUGCAGGAUGUAUAUGUACUGUACAGACACCAUAUCAACAGAGGAGGCGCUUAACUCAUUUAGGCAGAUAAUGGGCAGCUUCUCGGGACGGAGUCAGAAAGACUUGGAGUGAAUGGGAAAUGCAUAAUUGAGAGACGAUGGGUGUCACGUGUGCGCCGCGCUAGCUCAUGUUAAGUAUUCUGUUUCUGAACAGCAGUAGUAUUCCUUCGGAGGCUUAGUAAAUUGCUCAUAUAUAUUU